AUGACCCCCGUCGCCGUGCCGCCCACCAAUGGCGUGGAGGCGUUGAGUCUCGAGGACAAGAAGGAGGACAAGAAGCCCGACCUCGAGGUUGAGGUCGCCGACGAUGACGAGUCCGAGGCCGAGGCCGAGGGCGGUGAGGGCGCUUCUGCCGGCGAGAAGAAGAAGAAGAAGAAGAAGAAGCCCAAAAAGAAGAAGCCUGCCAUGGUCCAGACCGAGCCCCCUCGUGUUGGCCUGACCAAGAUCUUCCGCAAUGGCGUGUUCCCCGUCAACGAGGAGGUCGAGUACAAGAACGACACUACUUCGCGUAUCACUUCUGCGGAGAUGCGCGAGAAGGAGCGUCUCCUCCAGGGUGACCCGACCGACACGUACCAGAACAUCCGUCGUGCCGCCGAGGUGCAUCGCCAGGUUCGCGGCUAUGCGGCACGCAACAUCAAGCCCGGCAUGACCAUGACGGAGAUUGCCAACAUGAUCGAGGACGGCACGCGUGCACUUGUCGAGGAGGACGGGUUUGAGAGCGGUAUCGGCUUCCCCACCGGCUUGUCCGUCAACGAGGUGGCGGCACACUACACGCCCAACCCUGGAGACACCAAAGUGUUGCAAAAGGGCGAUGUCCUCAAGGUCGACUUUGGCGUGCACGUCAAGGGCCGCAUCGUCGACUCUGCGUUCACCCUCACGUGGGAGCCUACCUGGAACCGCCUCCUCGACGCCGUCAAGGACGCGACCAAUACCGGUAUCGCUGCGGCAGGUAUCGACGUGCGUCUGUGCGACAUUGGCGAGUCCAUCCAAGAGGUCAUGGAGAGCUACGAGGUCGAGGUCGGCGGUAAAGUCUACCCCGUCAAGUCCAUCUCCAACCUCAACGGCCACUCAAUCGUGCCCUAUGUCAUCCACGGCGGCAAGGACGGUAUCCCGGGCAAGUCGGUGCCCAUCGUCAAGCAGUUUGGCGACCGCAAGGACACCACGCGCAUGGAGGAGGGCGAGUACUUUGCCAUCGAGACGUUCGGCUCCACCGGUCGCGGCCGUGUGAUCGAGGACGGUGCGUGCAGCCACUACGCCAUCAACCCAGAGGGUCCUACACAGUACAACCUCAAGCACCAGUCGGCCAAGACCGUCCUCAAGAGCAUCGAGAAGAACUUUGGCACCUUGCCCUUCUGUCGUCGCUACCUCGAGCGUACGGGCGAGAAGAACUACUUGCUCGGCCUGAACACUUUGGUUCGCGAGGACAUUGUCAAUGCCUACCCGCCGCUCGUGGACCCCGAGCCGGGAGCCAUGACCGCACAGUUUGAGCACACCAUUCUGCUCAGGCCCACGUGCAAGGAGGUCGUGUCGCGCGGCGAUGACUACUAG